AGGACCUCAAAGAGAACAUACAGGGGCUUUAUACUGGCCAUCAUAGUAGAACAGAAAGCAGCGAGGGGGUGUGGACCUCACGCUGGCAGCUGAACAGCCUGGAGAGAUUGAGAGGCGUUGAACCAGAACAGAACCACAAGAUUGUCCAGAAGUCCAGAAAGAGAAAAACAGAACCAGAAGACGGAGAGAGAGAAAGAUCGGCAUUUAUACUGUAUCUUACUCUGGAAAACGACAACUUACCGUUACACCAGCAGCAGGAACGUGGCAUAACAGCACAGAAUGUCUCAACAGCCAUCGACCAACGUAAAAGCCCUUCAGGCUAACCUCAAUAUUCCAAUGGGGGCUCUCCGUCCUGGGGCGGGACUUCCUGGGAAGAGGCGAGAAGAGUCAGUAGAAACAACAGAGGCAACCCCAGUUUCUCCAGAGGAGAAAAAGCCCCUGCCUGGUGCUGUGAAACUACCGGGCCCCACCGUCAACCUCUCUGAGAUCCAGAAUGCAAGGAGUGAGCUCAAAUGGGUCACUAAGGACUAAACUACACAACACAGGUGUCUCCGCCCCCAAUUCACUUGCAAUCCAACGGGUACCUUCUCCAUCCAAUGAUAUUCAAGUAUUUACCACUAACACCCUGAGCAUCGAUCACAAUGUCAUGACGGAAUCGACGACAAGCCUUAAUAAUGAUGACGAUACCCAACACUGAGAGAGGGGGCGGAUUCUUUUAAAGCAAAGACUGAUGGAAAAUGAGCCGUUAUAAGAUCAGAGAUUGGUCCGUGUCAACUAUAGGUCAUCUCUGUUUAAAUCUUUCUGUAUGCUAUUCUGUAUUUUGUUUUUAAAUGUUCUGUGUUUGGCAUAGAUUUGCUUUUAAAGUAAAGUUGUGUAUUCUCAUUCUAUCAUGUGUUGAAUCAUGUAAUGCUUUUAUCUUUCAAAAUAACGCAGUUUGAAACUACGCAAUUUACACAUUUUAUAUAUGCUUGACAAUUCCAAUGAAACAGCUAAACUCCUUCACAAUAAAAAAUAAAGUCAUACAGGUUUGUAAAGAUUUAAAGCCAAGUAAGUCCCCUAUGGAAUUCCUCGAAUCUUGAAUCUAUCACACAAAAAACACAUUUUCUUCUUAAACACGUUCUUUGUAGCUUUGUUUUCACUCCCUACACAUCUUUCUUUAUCUCUGGCGUUGUUCUCGUGUGUUGCAGUACAUGAGUAGGCUGUUGCAUAAUAAAACAUAAUUUCGCAUUCUCUCCAGGAGCAAGCCUGUAGGAGGAUAAAGCCAGCACUUGUUAUCCUUGAACAAAUAGAACUGGAUUUCAAAUGCAGCACAGUCGGUUUGUUAUGUAUAUAAACCAGCAGCAGUUUAACUGUGUAAAGCUCCUCUUUUCCUCCUCUGUGAACCAGAUCAUAUGUGUCUGUACUGCAUUGUGGUCCAUUUUGAGUGAAAGUGUCCUUAUUAAA